AUGAAUCUGCCUAUCCGCACAAGCUCUACUGUCGCCAAUCUGAGCCCAGAAUAUCCCCACGCCUCGGAAGGCUUCGGCAUACCCCAAAAUAUGUACCACCACCCUUCUUAUCCAAUUACCGGCGCAGGUAUGCCAGGCUUCGGCGCCCAAACACCCCAGUCACUCAACAAUGAGACAACCCCUUUCUUUGACGAACCAUCAACGGGUGAUCAGUACAUUGGCGUGGCAAGGGUUGUCGAAAGUCACGGGUUCUUGAAUGGUAUCGACCACAAGGUUCAAAGAUCGCUUGUUUCCCAGGAUGAUACCAAAUUACUAUGCAGCGUUGGACUCGACAAAUUCAUCGGCCCACUCCCUGCUAAAAGUCGAGUCAAGCAACAGAAAACAAUGACUCCAUGUCGUCCGACUCCAGAACCAUGUGCAGACCUGGUCCUGCAAAACAAAGCAUCUUCCACCAUUCCCAUUCCCAUCCCACAGGGAUCUCCAUGCCAAUUUCCAUGUGCCCGUUCCCGUCUUCAACUAUCGACGAACGAACACCUCGAGUUGUCUUUUAAAAUGUCGCCGGCGCGAGGAUCCAGCCAUUUCCUUCGCACCAGAGUCCAGGUAGUUGUCAAACUAUUCAGACUUCAUUCAUCGGUGGCAAAACAAAGCACGAAAGACAGACAGACAGACAAGCAGAAAGCUUGCCGUACUACGUCUGCAGUCGACCUCGAAGAACAUGCUGAGUCUGACAUAGAGUCAGAAUGCGCUCUUUCCCCUCCAUCAUCCUCCAAUUCCGAACUCACACCAACACAUUUCUGGGAAGUGCAAGACUGGUCCUUCAGCAUUGGGGUACCAACCUUGAUAAAACUUCUCCAGUGGGCCACCGGCUUCGAUGCCGAUACGUGCAAGGACCUAAUGAUUUUGGACCCUGACAACAUGCUGAAGUUGAUAUGCGAGUAUUGUAUGCACAAUUUCAGAAGACCUUUGUCGCUCAUGGGGCGCAGCGGACUGAAUCCAUUUUGGAUUCUCUAG